UGUUGUCAGACCAAAUCGAGAAUUCGGCGGCAGACGACUCUUGGAUUUCAUGGAUACCGCCAUAUUUGACUUUUUGAUAGGUCAGUUGUUGUUGUUUUUUUUUUGUUGUUUUUUUUUGGUUGUUCUAAACAUAGCUCUGGCUAUUCUUUCGUAAGAAAGACAUCCACACAUUUAUAUUGCCAUUGCAUUAUUAUUAGUAUCCAUCAGGGACGUGCUGGCACAUGGAAACCCGUGACGAACGGUGUAGUAAGAAAGGCCCGGAGGGCCCCCCUCCCCCCGCACACCGGAGAUUGUAAUAACUCCCCAAAAAGGCCCAUGACGAAUGCUCGUCGCGUCGUCGUGGGCCAGCACGUCCCUGGUGUCCAUCCAUUUUUGUCAUUGUUAACUUUGGCUUUUUUUUUUCAUUUUUAAUGGAUGUUGAACUAACGAAAAAAAAAAAAAAAAAAAGAGAUUAAAAAAAAAAAAAAAAAAUCUGCUUCGAAUACACAAGACGUGAGAAUUGUUUGAUUGAUUGAUUGACUGAUUUACUGAUAUUUAAAAAUAAUAUUAUUUUACCAGGCUAAAAAUAAGUUUUUAAAGAUUUUAUUUUUUAUCUCAGGCCUAUCAUCAUUUUUAUUUAAAGCAACUUCUUUACGACAUCUAAUAUUCAUUGAUUAUACCAGUGACUUACCUUGAAAAAAAAAAGGGGGGGGAUAAUGGAAUUAAGCAGAAUUGCCCAAGUAUCAAAUUAUUUUUGUUUAAUAAAAAAAAAUAAUAAUAAUUUGAACGUUCAGUUCAGUUGUUGUUGUUGUUGUUGUUGCUUUUGCUGUUGUUGUUGUUGUGUUUAAACUAAUAUGAAGUGCUUUUAUUGUAGGGAAUAUGGACCGGCACCAUUACGAAACCUUCCAACACUUUGGUAGCGACACAUUUGUGCUUCUCUACGACCAUGGAAGGGGGUAGGUCUGCUUUCUACUCGGCGCCCGUGCGCCUUCAUUUAAGGCUCCUCAAAAGAGGACAGAGACAAGUCAACCAAAUUCUUAUCUAAUUGUUGAUCAGGCCUGGGUUCUUUUCAUUGCAUUAACAUUUUAAAAAAUCAGUCACAAUAAAAAAAAAUUAAAAUUAAGAGCAAUUUUUAUUUGGUUUGAACGGAUUGACUCUAUACUUCUAAUCCAGGGGUCGGGAACAUAUGGCUCGCGAGCCAGAUGUGGCUUUAUUAAUGGCUACAUCUGGCUCGCAAAAAAAUGUUCGAUUAUAAAAAAAAAGUCGCAUUAUUGGUAAGAAAUACUCAUUAUUGAUUAGCAACAGCAUUUCAAUGUUAUUAAUAAGAAUUCAGAAUCAAAACGAUUGCAUUUUUAGUGUUGAAAUGGCACAAGAUGCACACAUUUACUCGAACUUUUAGUUUUAAACAUAAUGUAUGGCUCUCACAGAAUUAUUUUUCAAAAUAUGUGGUGUCCAUGGCUCUCUCAGACAAAAAGGUUCCCGACCCCUGUUCUAAUCUAUAUUUAAUGGAUUGGUCAUAUAAUUCUAAUCUAUUGAAUAAUUGGCUCUAUAUUUCUAAUCUAUUGAAUGUGUUGGUUCUAUAAUUCUAAUCUAUUUAAUGUGUUAGUUCUAUAAUUCUAAUCUAUUGAAUGUGUUGGUUCUAUAGUUCUAAUCUAUUGAAUGUGUUGUUCUAUAAUUCUAAUCUAUUGAAUGUGUUGGUCUAUAAUUCUAAUCUAUUGAAUGUGUUGGUUCUAUAGUUCUAAUCUAUUGAAUGUGUUGUUCUAUAAUUCUAAUCUAUUGAAUGUGUUGGUCUAUAAUUCUAAUCUAUUGAAUGUUUUGGUUCUAUAAUUCUAAUUUAUUGAAUGUGUUGGUUCUAUAAUUCUAAUCUAUUGAUUGUGUUGGUUCUAUAAUUCUAAUCUAUUGAAUGUGUUGGUUCUAUAAUUCUAAUCUAUUUAUACUUUCAACAUAUUGAAACCACGUCUGACAGAUUUGGCAAAUCCAAGUACGACUGCACCUCGUGCCUGGCCCCUCUCCGUCAGUGCUGCGCCAUCCGGCUGUCAACUCUGACUAAACUGGCCAAGCUCUACGUGGGGCCCAGCAGUCUGAGCCAGGUGCUCAGGCAGUCUAUGACCUCUGACCCCCUGUCCCCCAUCCUCUGGGAACCGCACCUGGACGCCCUGGACCGUCGCCUGGGGAAGGUCAUCAAAGUGGUCAACGACUGCAUCGCCGCCGGCAAGUCGCGGGAACACGUCAUCAUAAACGACGGAGUGACGUAGAGCAAGAGACUCCGCGUCUGACCGGAAGUGACGCAAAAACUCGGGUGAACAUAACGGAAUGCCGAUAGCGUGUUUCAAGAAUACUGACAUCGUGUUAAAUGAAUACUGACAACUUGUUUCAUGAAUACUGACAGCUUUUUUUAUAUGAAUACUCGAAUUCAUAUAAAUGGUAGGGAGCAAUGAACUCAAUCAGCUAUAUGAAUCCAUCGAAUUUAAAGAAUUCGUCCUUGAACCUGUAAAUCAUCAUGUAAACUAUUUUAUGUUUUAUUUUAAUGAUCUAUUUUGGGCAACACCCAGAUGUACUUCUGUCCCUGGAUAAUCCCUUUAAAUCUGCCCUCCUGGUCUCUACGCCUUGAGGCACUAGCAUUAUUCCAGCGAUCUUCCC